GUUGAAGAAAGUUUUAACCUUCAAGCUUCACAUGAUAUUAUGGAGUUUGGAAUAUCUUUGAACGCAUUAAAAAAGUAUGACCACUUUGAGUUUCCAGGAGUCGUUCCUCGCACUUUCGUUGGCCCUUUGCUUUUGAGUUUAGUUAGCUGGCCAACUAGUAAAAUUUUAGGGUUGCUGAUCCCUCACCUGAGUAAAUUUACCCGCCAAUAUAUAGUACGCUUCUUUCUUGGUAUAUCUACCAGUUUUGCUCUAUCUUAUCUUCGAUCGUCUAUUACUAAAUAUUUUGGAUAUCGGGUUUCUGUUGCCUUUGGUAUUCUCAGUGCUUGUCAAUUUCAUACUAUAUUUUGGGCAA